GGAGUAAUUUGUAGCGGGUAGUGUAAACGGUAUCAGACAAGUUGCUUGGUUUUUGGUAGCUUGGUUGGCUUCGAGUCUUGUAACUUUAGAGAUCUCAGUGAUUUCCUGUUCCAAUGGCAGAUAGUCCUAAGAACUCAGUGAAGUUAUGGAAUAACUGGAGGGACUCGCUAUGUCCUCAAAGCUGCCUGUCUUGAUCUAUAACUAAGAAAAAGACAGUAUUUAUCAUGUAUAAAGUCUUUUUCUAGGUAUUCUUCCAAUUGUAAUUAGAUAGCCUCGUAGUCUGCGCCGUGUAUAAUAAGCCUCGUAAUCGCACACUUGACUAUCUGUACUUUUUUGAAAACGUCUAAUUCACCUUUCAGUCAAGGAUCUACAGCAUAAAAACAGUCUUUUAGUUCGCGUUUCACUGAGCCUUUAUGCAUUUUGGUGAAGAUGUUUUCACCCAUCCAGUUCGUCUGAAUAGCCAUAGGGUUUUAAACCUUUUAUCUCCAAUCAGAUUACCAUGACUACGAUUUCUACGUCAUCAUAAAACAGGACCGACGACACUGGCGUUUCAUUCGACUGACCAUCCAGCUCGAAUGUUUUAGUAUUGGCUAUGCAAGUUUUGGUUGAUGCCUAUUAACGUGAUUAAUUGUUUAUUCAUGUCCGUCGCAAUUUCAGCUGAUAGUGAUUAUAUUAUCAGGGGAAAUUCGGUGUCUUUAUUCUUGAAUCAACAACCUAGGAACUGUCUAACAAUGAUUGAAAGGAUACUUAGGAAACGAGUCUAGAUGUCAUAUUCCCUCUCUUAUGUUAGGAAUACUCAAAAGAGAUCACAGAAUUGAAAACACAAGGGGGAGCAAAGUUAUGGUGUCGUUUAGGUUUGCUAACCGAGUAGUCAACUCUUGAGACUUACGUCUGUAAGUUUUGUCGUUGCAUGUAUCUGAAAUUAUUCAAGAGAGGUCUACGGUAUACAGAACUUUGCGAGAAAAGAGCUAAUACAGGUCAUCAUCCUUCCGUUCCCAAUACUCAAAUCUGGAUCUUAAGGGAAUCUUUCUGGAUGUACUUUGUUUUGCUUCCCACCUAUUUUAGUCGUCAGUCAAACAAGCUUAAUAAACGUGGAGUGAUUGAAAUUCUAUUACUGGUAAAGGUGCAUUCGUUUCCUCCAUUUCAUAAGUAUGUUACUGAAUACACUAGCACCUGUUUAUCCUUGUCUUAUUUCUUCCCUAUUGUGCUUGUGUCUUUACUCUGAUGUGUGAUAACGUGGUUUUCCCAUCACUAUAUGAGGUGGUCAGAGUGUGCGAGUUCAGUACAAUUGGUAUACUACAUCGUAAAAGUGUAGAUCUCCCAUGUAUUUGUGUGUGAUUCUACUCUUGUUUGCAACUUUUCAGUUCUUUCGACACAAGUGUUAUACAGCUGUACGCAAGACAUGUUUCGUACGAACAUUUGUCGAAAUUUAGGCGAACAGCUUGGCGAAACUUGGCUACUAAGUCUUUCUGUAGAAUUUCGAACCAGACUGCCGGGCGAAACAUUACGGUCAUCUAAAUUCCAGCCGCUGAGAUCGUUUCACAUGUAAUUUUUACCUUUAGGACAUGUUUUGGUGUUCCAGAUAUUUCAUUAUCGUCAGUUUGUAAUUAUCCUGGUAGUAGCUUCAAGCGUAUUGUUGGAGGAAGCAUUUCAAAUUCCUAAACGAUUGUAACAAUUUUGAAUGCAAAUAAAUUGCUUUCGAGAGGUUGUUAAGUUCUGAAAUCCCUUACAAUUUAGCUAAGGCCGUUUCACAAUUGUUAGUCUUGUAGCUAUCAAUGCCAAGGUUGGACUUGAUAGUUUCAAAUAAAUUUGGCAUUGGGUAGUAAGUUAAUAGUAAAUAUCUUUUUGUGAUAUUCCUUUGUACUACUUAAACUCAUGUUAACUUUAUUUCGGUUAUUUAUUUACUCUAAAGAAGUGACUUACAUUAAUUCACAAAACAUCUGAAAUACAAUUUUCUACACGUUGGGAUAUCAAAAAAUAUAUUUAUUAUUUGUUAGUCUUGGCUUUUUAGGUUACAAGCGAUAAAUAAUUGUUUGUCUUUUUUCCCUGGUGUUUCUAUUGAGUGUAGCUAGUAUAUUCUCCCGCUCAUCACUUUGUGUCUACAAUCAUCCGGAACUAGUUAAAGUAACUAAGUUGACGUACAUCAGCUAAUCGUGUUGGCAUUCUUCAGGUUUCACUUCGUCUAGUGAUGGCAGGUUAUCCUCACCACUUUGUUACUGCUCACCUUGGUUAUCCUGGUUAUGCUCACCCAACCUUCGUGCCUGCGUCGAUUCCUAAUCCAGCCAACUCUGUCACCCAGUUAUCAGCUGCUCAAAUAAAUGCAGGAUGGGUAGAGCACCAUUCUCAUGAUGGGAGAAAAUACUACUAUAAUACAUUCACUCAACAGACGACUUGGGAAAAACCUCAAGAGUUGAAGACUCAGCGUGAGAAAAUACUUUGCAACUGUCCAUGGAAAGAGUUUAAAUCCGAAAACGGUAAACCUUACUAUUUUAAUGAGAAUACAAAACAAUCAGUAUGGAUCAAGCCACAAGAACUGAUAGACGCUGAAAACCAAGCAGCCGCCUGUAAUUCAGCUGUAAAUGCUACGGUCCCCGAACAGCCACCAAGUAUCCCCCCAGUCACACCGUGUACACCAGCUACCCCAAAAGAUGACGUCAAUAAGCCUCCUGAACCUUCGGAAAUAGAACGGGCAAUGAAGGCAACUUUGGCCUCUUUUGAUACGUCAGAUACUGGACCGUCAUCAAUUCCGAUUCCACUACCUCCGGAAAAAGAUGACAGUGAUAAAGAUGAAAGUGACGAAGAGAAACCUGGAUCCAAUCCACAUAUAACUACAUUUUCACCAAAUACUCAGACAGUGCCAGAGUAUAAGACCCGAGGAGAAAUGGCAGAAGGUCUUAGGAGGCUUUUCAGGGAUUGCAAUGUUCCCGGUGGGGCUACAUGGGAGCAAGCACUAAAGUUAAUCUCCGGGGAUCCUCGUUACUGUAUCUUGAGAACGUUCAAUGAAAAGAAGCAAAUAUUUAAUGUUUACAAGACUCAAAGAUUAAAAGAAGAACGCGAGGAGCAGAGAAUAAGAAUUAAGAGGGCGAAAGAGGAUCUAGAAAAGUAUCUUUUGAAAUGCAAUAAACUACACUCAACUAUGUCAUACCGUAGAGUAGAUCAACUACUGUCGGAUACGAAAGAAUGGACUGAUGUCCCUGAUCGAGAUCGUCGUGAAAUAUUUGAUGACGUCAUUCAAGAGGUAGGUAAACGUGAACGAGAAGAGGCUAAGAUUUUGCGUAAAAGGAAUAUACGAGUAUUUAAUGAAAUCCUUAGUGAGAUGCUUGAUCUUACAUAUCGGACGACCUGGAGUGAAGCACAACAAAUGCUGCUUGAUAAUACCAGAUUUACUGGAGAUGUGGAUUUGCAAAACUUAGAUAAAGAGGAUGCCCUUGUCUGUUUUGAAGAGCAUAUUUGUAUGCUUGAGCAAGAGCACGACGAAGAUAAAGAACGCGAACGUCGGAGACAAAAAAGGGAACAACGAAAGAAUCGAGAAGCAUUUAUAGUUUUACUUGAUGAAUUGCACGAACAGAAAUUACUCACUUCUAUGUCUCUAUGGAAAGAUCUAUACCAUAUAAUAAAUAAAGAUGAUCGAUUCCACAAAAUGCUUGCUCAACGUGGUUCUACGCCAUUAGAUUUAUUCAAGUUCUAUGUUGAAGCAUUAAGAGCCCGUUUCCCAGCUGAAAAGAAGAUUAUCAAAGAGAUUUUAAAAUACAAUUGUACACCAAUCGACUUGUCUGUUUCAUACGAAGAUUUUUGUUCGAUAAUAGGCUCUGAUGAACGCAGCAAAGGAAUAGAUGACGGAAAUAUGCGUAUGACAUAUGAUGGUCUACUAGAAAAAGCUCAAGGUCGUGAACGUGAACGCCAAAAAGACGAUGCUAGGCGUAUGAGAAAACUUGAACAAAACUUCUGUGAAAUGCUUACAAAUUCCUCCUUCAUUCAGUCCAAUACUAGUUGGGAAGAAGUUCGAGAAAAAUUAAGUGACCAUCCUGCCUUCAAAGGUUUGUCGUUGGAAUCAGAAAGGAUUCGACUCUUUAAAGAGUAUAUUAUUUCAAUUGACAACUCAAACGAAGACUCUCAUCGGUCUCGUAAAGAUAAACACCUAUGCGAAAGGUCUGCUUCUAUUCAAGAUGUUGAAAAAGAUGUCGAUGCAGUGAAAGAUCAGAAAAAGAAACAAACUGUUUCCCCUUCCCCAGCUCCUUCAGAACAUAGUCAUACUCGUAGGUCGGACGACGAAAGGGGAUCAUCACAGAAACGUAAACAUCGUAAAUCAAAGAAAUCAAAACAUCGCAAAUCAAAGCACCAUAAGCAUCACAAAAAUACAGAUAAGCGUCAAGAUGAAGAAUUAGAAGAAGGAGAAGCUGCUGAUGACGAUGACGAGGAUGAUGAAGCUGUGAAUCCUCAAACAAGUGAUCGUGCCAAUCCCCUCAGUGGUAGUAAACGUCAUCGUCAUCACCGACGUGGCCAACGCUCUCGGACCUCUGACCCUGAGGAUGGUGAAGAGGUGGACAGUACUAGUGAUGGAGAAUUUUAUGACCGUGAUUCAAAGCGUAAAAGACGUUAGCAUUGUAAAACGGUCUUAUAUAAUUUUUUUGGUUGUGUACAUAAUAGCAUAUCAUUCUGUUAGAUGGUUUUUGUCGUUUCUGACAUUGGAAAGUUUUUAUUGGUCCAUUUCAGCAUCUCAGGUCUGCUGGUAUCGCUAUACUUCGUGUAAACCUUAUUUGUUCUUUGGUAAUUCACUUUAAAAAGUUUCUCUCUAUAUCUCUUCUAUCUAAGUAACUAUUCUAAGCAAAUCUGGCUAUUCGUGGUAGUUAAAUUCGGAUUCUUGUUUGGAUUAGAAGUGAUUUUGGGAUGAUGGUCGGUUACGUUAUUUGCUUGUAAUUUACAGGAUGAAUGUCUUACGACUAGUUAGUAAGGACGGUUGGCGUUUUCUGUUCAACUAAAGGUCUUAAACUAUUCCGUUGCCUUUUCUUUGUGACUUCUUCCUAGGAUUUUAAUCAACAAGUGUGGAUUAAGAAACUGUCGAGCGGUAUAUAUUAUUAUUUUGUUAUUGGUAAUAAUUUUAUCACGAAGGUAGUUUGUGGUUCCAACUCAGUUUAUCAACUGAGGUAUAGGUUGUUUAUUUUCUGAUGACCCCAUCUGUUUUGGAAGUGUUUAUUUUUAUUGUGCUGAUUGGACAAAUAAAUAUGUAGAGUUCAGGUUAUACUGUAGUUCGCCUUUAGUUUAUUGCUAUCGGAUUAUUUAGCUGCCAAAGUGUUCUCAACUGAAUAAUAUAAUUUUUCGUGUUGUCCUGUUAGACACUCAGUGCGUAUACUUGUAAUUAUAGCACAUCUGUGAAUACUGGUUGUUUAAUACGUCAAUAAUAAUAAGUCUUGCACUUCUGCCUC